CAACAAAAAAGAGAGGAUUACCAGCGAAACGAGCAUAAAUGCGCGAACGAUAUAAAAAGCAUGCAGAUGCAAAAAACAGAAGUUCCAAAAGGGGAUGACGGAAAAGAUCCAUCGUACUCGUCGCGUGAAAAAGUAAUGGAACAGGAGUCUAUCAAUAGAGAGUCCCCACGUAUAAAUAGAAAUGGGUUGGGUCCACGAUUUAAAAAGAAUUCAGACAAUCGGUAUCGUAACGUUCAACAAGUUACACAACCAAACAAUCAGUAUUCGCAUUCUGGAUCGAAUUUCAAGCAUUCGAAAUCGCAAGAGAUGAAAAGUAACGGUACAAGUUCUCAACAUACACGCUCGGUACCCAAUCAGGUAGCCAAUCAAGACACGGUGAACUCGUAUCAAACUUCUUACAUGCAACCAAGCAUGUAUUCUGGACUACCGUAUUAUACCAACGAAGUGGACGCAUUCACGAAUUCUUACUAUCCUCCGAAUCCAUACUUUCCAAUUCCUUGUUUAGCGCAUUCCGACAUACCCGAUAACACCAGCGUACAACCAUUCUCGCCCCAUCUGUGUCCUGGAUUAGAUUAUGCACAAGCCUAUUCCGGGUUAUGUCCACCGUACAUGUGUUCCCAGCCAGCCCCGUACAAUAUUUCACCGCAAAAUAUGCAAGAACACUGGUACGCAGUUGCUGGACAACCGCAUUACAUGCAAUACCCACCUAUGUUGCCUAUGACUGCAGAUGCAACUUGCAAUGGAAUAGCACAAAACAUAAACCAGAAUAUUCCGCCUCAGAACAUAUAGUCGCACUGCUUUCUUUUCAUCUACUAAUAUUUUCACAGGCUCGUGCAUAAUUUACAUUAAACUAGGUGUACGUAGAACUCAAGGUAUCGUAAGACUGAAGGCAUUAUUAAUAGCUUUAUACCCGUGGCUGGUACCAUUAGCACUUGAACACGUAGAAAUAGGUGACAUACAAAAUUCGUUUGUAAGAUGAAAGUUGAGAUUACAUGAUAAUUAGUAUUUUUGAAACAGUAAGUAGUAGAUAUAUUAAAAAAAUAUUAUUUAGAUUGUGUUAAAUUAAAAGUUCGAUGUUUGACAUUUACAAGAUGUUCUAUAAUAAUAGCAAUAUAUACAGUAAGCGAUAACAGUACAAAUGACUACCAUAUUUGAGUAUAGGUAGUUGAUAUACCUGUAUAAUGAUAUUCAGGAGAUUGUAGAUGCGAUAUAGCGUACCACUGGACAUCGGUUCUCAGGUGAAAACAUAUUUUUCUGAAAUUUUAUACAGGUGACUUUUUCAGUUCCUUAACAUACUUAGUCGUUAAACUUGUAUAUUUCACUUGUUAUAAACCCCUUUUUGCAAAUAAAAAGCUACGCAACAUACGAGUGAGUUAUUUACUUAUACUCGUGGAUUAUAAAAUAAAUUAUUUUUCUUCUCAAGUACUAGCGUAACGAUACCUUCGAAAGACUGAAAAACGAAAACGUUUCGAUAUCGAUGCUACAAACAAGAUCCUGGCAACAACAUCAGAGGUGGACGUUAAACAAAUAAUUUUAAAUACAUUUUAAUAUUUUUGUCUAGAUAAUCCACUUUGUCAAAUAUUUGACACUUAAGUAAAACGUUACUUGUUAUCGGGCGUUUCUUAUCUUUUCAUCAAAAAAGGUUUCGCUGACGUAUUCGUUCGAGACUCGAUUCGAAUUGAAUUUUGUUUUCUCUAUCCAAUCGUGCCAACAAGCACAGCCGUCGUACGAAUAUCACUAGAAGAGUAGAAAGUUUCCCGCACACUUUGAGAAAUACUCGGUUUUGGUUCUCGUGCGAACAAAAAAAUUUUUACAAAAGUCUUGUCGUAUGAACGGAAAAUAUUAAGAAUUUGCCAUCGUGUUCGGUGGCAUCGACGAGGUGAAUCGUUGACGCUUUGAUCAGCGUUUGAACUGGCCCUAAAAAUCUCCGCCAUUGAAUUGCCGCGGCUGUGAAUCGGCGAAGAAGGUGCGCGCUCUCGAGAUCCUUCAUAUACAAACACCGUGGUUCUGUUCGCUGUAUUCCACGCCAUGUCUACAAUUUGUCGGAAGAGUAGGAGUGCAGUAGCAGUGACAGGUCAAACGGCGAACGGCGAGAUUACUUAAUAUUCGCACGACACGCGACGAGGGUUUCCUGUAUCGAAAAAACGUCGUGAUAUAUCUCCACGGUUGUUGGUUUCUCUUCUGGCUGUUUAUUAUCGUCGGCAGUGAAGUGCUAUUUGGUGGUUUCACGGGGAUAGCAGAGCUCGCGGAACAAGCAGAGACCGAACGCUGAGAAACUGAAAAUAAUGGAGAUGGACGAAUGCUCAGCUGGUGGAGAUAGCGGAGCAGAGGAAGACGAAGAUGAUGCAUCUUCCCGUGGAUCUAGAAGCAACAGUAGUAGCAGUAGCAUCAGUGGAAGCAGUACAUCCACAGACAGUGGAGACGACAGCGGAGAGGAUCAUGGUUCUAGUGGCAGCGAAAGUCACAGUUCUGGAGAUGAGGAUGAAGAUGAAAACGAUAAUACGGAAUAUUCUAUGAAAGCAGACAGUCCCGAUACAGUGAAAUGGGAGACUUGCAUCGCCUCGAAUACAAAGGUGAAACUGCCUCAAGAUUUGUGCGAACAUUCGACGAUUUUUAAAGAAUUUCUAGACUACCCUUACAUUUGGAACGAAUGCUUGACCGAGAAUCAAAGGGAGACGCUGUGCAGCCUUUUGCCAAGCUUCCCAAAGGACUGCGACGUCGAGGCUGAAACAGAAAAGACUCUGCGUAUGCUGUUUGAUAGAGAAAAUCAGAGAUUCGAUGUAGCACCACUAGACGCGUUUCACACUCACUUGUCCGCUGGGCAUUAUCGCCCAGACAUCAGAAGGAUGUGUGGUCUGGUACGCAAGGCGCAGCAAAGGCGAUUGUUGUUCGAAGAACGAAAGCGAUCGUACGAACUGGCCAGUCAGUUGUUAAAGUCUAGAGAGAGCUUGUUGUUGAACGCAUACAAGCAGGGUUUCAGUCAGCCAGCGCAGAGAACGGUGUCGAAAGUCCAGUGGAGGAAACCGAAGCCUGCUAUGGUUGAAGAGAAAACGCAACUGCGCUAUUUGGAGGAACUGAAUGCGCUGAGGACAGAGCUCGGAGCAAAUGCGAAGCUAGUGGCGGACACGACAUCCGAGAACGAGGAGAACUAUCCGUAUUAUCAGCUCUCCGGGGCCAAGCAGAAGAAGAAGAGGCGUUCGUUCAUGACUGCCCAGGGCUUGUCCAUCAGAGGCUUGCAAAUGAACCACGAGGACGAGACGAUUCGACCCGUUUUCUCCACUCUGCAACGAGCAGAGUACUCUACGAAUAGAUCGUUGUUCAUUCGCGAACAGACAGAGGAAAUGUACCGUGAAAUGCUGCUCGAGCAUAAAAAACGAAGAGCGCGACGCGAUAUUCAUCCAGAAUUGAACACCCAAGGUAUCGCUCUCGCCGAUCUCACUCAAAGGGCACAAGUCGGCCAGAAACACAAAUUGCCCAUCGGUCCAACCAUGCGCAUCACGCCAGUGAAGAAACGAAUUAAACUAGAACCAUCGCCCCUAUGCCCACCAGCGCCGAGAUUAAUCAAUUCGAAUUCGAUAAAACACGAGAGCGACAACAGCGACUACUCUCACACGACGGACGACAAUAGACAUUCCAACGCAUUGGACAUGGAUCACAGGAUGCUCACGCCGAUCAAAUCGGAGCCCAUAGACGCGUACGAAAUGCAUCAGAUAUCGAAGAAGAAAUUGAGUCCCGCAACAUCGAGAGGCAGCAAGUCUUCGGUGAUGUCUACGCCAGAGAUUAAGAAAGAAGUGGAAGACAUGGAGUACGAAGACAUUAAAACGGAACUCAGCGGUGUGAACGAAGACGUUCCUCCCGAAACAGAGGAAGACGAGGAGAACGAUAAGAAGGAACUCGAUUUGGACAGCAUCGACAUGAUGCAAAUACCGAUUCAAUUGGACGACGGAAUCGAUAUACUGGACGACGUCAAAUGCGAGGACGAAGGCGUGAUAUCGAUACCGGAUAAAGAAUUAAACGUUCAAGGAAACGACGAUGCUAUGGACAUUAGCAGUGGAGCAGAGCUAAUGCAGGAAACGCAUGCUUGUUUCUUCUCGUUGUUAAGAGACGCUUUCACCUCGAAGGGCGAGUUCAGAAUGAGCGGACUGGAAAUGAAAGAAGCUGUCACGCAGUGGCAAGGGAACCCUAUUUCGCCAUUGAACGAUUGGUACUCGUUCGCGUCUUCUUGGACUGCGUUGGUCCCAUUGGCUUUGGGGUUUCUUGCCGGAGAAUUCACUUAUUCUCAAGAAUUGGGUGACCGACAAGAACGCGAACCAGAACUCGUCCCCUACUUAGAGAACAAAGGAAACGGAGUUUACGCGUGGAUUGGCGCUGGACGCGAUUCGGAUUCACGUCUGUCAGAUUUAUGCACGAAAUUCUUGUUACACAAAGAUUCAUUAGGUCCGCCAACAUCCGCGGUCUGCUCCGUGACAGCUGUGAAACAGCAGUCUCAAAUGACGCAGUCUAGCAAUAGUAACAUUAACAACAGUAACGUUGGUAACAGUUCCGGAAACGGAAACACAAAUGCGACAAGCUGUAGAGCUAGCAGUCCUGUCAUAGAAUCGAUCAACGUCGACGGAGGAUCUAUGAACACCGUCGCAGAAUGGGAACCUCCUCGCGCUCUUUGGCCUACCGAAUGGAAAGUUCGUCCUUCCACACCGGAAGAACGCGACGAGUUUAGAAGACAGGAACGAAUGCGUUACGCUGCACCUCAUAAAGCGUUUACUUACAGAAUGCACGGUUACGCGUCUGUCGUGGGUCCGGUGAAAGGCAUUUAUCAACAUAACGUCGCCUCUGGAUUGACCAAGGCUCGCGGACACUCGUUACUGGUGGCUGAUCGACCAAAUUUUGUUACGAUCUUGGCAUUGGUGAGAGACGCCACUGCGAGGCUCCCUAACGGCGAAGGGACUCGAGCCGACAUUUGUCAAUUGUUAAAGGACUCCCAGUACAUCAGAGAACAAACGGACAGCGACGACAAGGAAGGAUACCUGCAUUCGGUCGUGUCUGGUGCUUUGGAUAGAUUGCAUUACGAAACAGAUCCUUGCGUUCGGUAUUACCCCCGUCGCAAAGAGUGGUUGUAUCUUCAUCGUGCGCGCUCGGAGUCUGAAUUCGAAAUGUACCAUCAACAGUUGCAAGGUGUCGCGAAGAACAAGAAGAACGUUGGUAGCAUGUCGCGAAACAAAACGUUACCACCGGUUAUAAAGCCUACAAAUAUUAACAAGGAGCAGUCUCCGAUUAGCAGCAAAGAAAGUACGCCUAAGAAAGAAAGAAAAGCCGCGACCAUCGCGCAGCCUGUUAUAUCUAGAAAGGAGCAGAAGAAAACCGAAGAAAAGAUUGUCGUCGAUCAUUCGGUCUCGACCGAGCAGCCUGUUGUCCCUACGAACGUGGCGACGACGAUCAGCGCUACGACUUCGGCCGUCUCCGUAACAGGAACUACCGUCCCCGUUACCACUCACACGAGUAUACCUACCUCCAUAAGCACUGUGACCGUCGAAAAGGACAUAACGAGUAACGAAAUAGCGAAACCACAGAUUACAACCACGGUCCCAGCGAAAAAGGUGACCAACAUCAGUGGAAAACCUGUCGCUGUCGUGAAGACAAACGCUCAGAGCCUGUUACAGUCGAAUCAGCAACACUUUCCUCAUCAUCAAAUUCAAGUGUCGACCUCUGCAGGCUUGCAAACUAUACGAUUGUCUGGACAUUCUGUGCUGCACUCCGCCCAAUCCGUUGCAUCCAACAGCGCCUCCAGUAACGCAUCAAAUGUGACCACCAAUUUGACGACGAUAUUCCCUCAAGCCAAAGUACAGAGUCAACAGCAGCAGCAGCAACAAUCCCAGCAACAGCAGCAACAGACGAUCGUAACGAAUCAAGCGGGAAAAAGCAUUUUGCAGACCGCCAAUAUAAAGCAACAACAGAGUCAGCAGCAACACGUGUUACCUGGGAAGACUUUGCUGGCCUCGCAGAUCAAGUUGGUUAGUUCGGGACAAAUUAAAUCGCUCCUCACGGGUCACGGUUUACAAGGUCAGACGAUAUUUAUCAAACAGUCGUCGCCUUCCGGCAAUCAAACGCAGCAGUUGCAGCAGCAACAACUGAAGCAACAGCAACAGCAUCAGCAACAACAGAUCCAACAGCGCGUCGUAGCCAAUCAACAACAGUCGAUUCAGACGUCUGGCAUGCAACGUAUAAUAGCACAGAUCGGAGGAAAGCCGAUCGCGGUCCAAAUACAGCAGUCCCCGCAUCAACAACAGCAGCAACAGCAACAAAAGAUCCUAGCGAAGGUUUUAACUAGUUCAGGCGGCGGUCAACUCAUCUCUGUGGAGAGUCUUCUCGCGCAGAAGGGAUUGAAAUUGGCAACCACUAGUCACGCUAAUCAACUCAACAGGCAAGGCAAGCAGGUCAUACAAACCCAAUAUCAGAUGGUAUCGCAAGCGCAGUCGUCCUCGGGGCAAUCCAAGAUCAUAGUCAGUACGCAGCAACAACAACAGUCGCAGCCCCAGACGGUGCGUAUGGUGACGGCUCAGUUGGCUGGAAAACCUAUAGUGUUGGCUAGCGGCAACAAAAACGUCGGAGUAGGCGUGAGCACCAGCGGAAGCGUGGUUCUGGGAAAACAGCAGACGUCGCAACAGCAAACGCAACAACAGCCCAUCAUCCUACCGAGCCAAUUGCUCAACAUCAAGACGCUGCACGGUCUAAAAGUGAUACCGACUCCGACAGGCCUGAAAACCACCGGUGCAGCGGUUUACGCACGAGUGAUAGCUCCCACGACCAUAACCUCGACUCAGUCCACUGGGAACCAACAGCAGCAACAGCAACAGCAACAGCAGCAGCAGCAACAGCAGCAGCAGCAGCAGCAGCAGACCAUUCAAGCUCAACAACAAUCGAGAAACAACUCCUACAGCACGCCCUGACAGAAUUGACGCGUCAUUUUAUUGUUUUGCAUUAUUCCGUUCUCUCGUUCAGUUUCGUCUCCUGGAGUAGUCUCGGAGUUUCGUGGCAAACUAGAACCGAAUUCGAAUGUAAAAAGAAAGGUAAAAGAAGAAUUAAGAAAAAGUUACGAAGGACUACCGUACUGACAGGUCUGCGUCGUUGCGCACAGUUUCCGUGCAAAUUCGAGUCAACAAGGUGAAAUAAGAAUACAGGCGGGUCAUUGUUGGCCUUCUUUUUUUGUAUUAAGUGUCGAAUUAUUUACAAAUGCAUGGUACGAUUUUAAAUAUAAAAACACCGUUUUCUCUCA